AUGACGCUGCGCAAGACAGGCCGCAAGGCUGACCACGAUGUCUCGACACGCCCUGCUAAGAAACAACGCAACAGGUAUUUUAACAAUGGCGGCGGCUCAGGCGGCGCAAAGGCGUACGAGGCGAACCUCAACCAGAUCUUCGACAAGUAUGUCGACAACCCGCAGGACAAGGACACGAUUGCCAUCGCGGGCACCAUGCAGUACCUCCAAGAAAUCGACGUUCCACUCGAUGACAUCACCUCGCUCGCCAUCCUCGAGCUUGUUCAGGCGCCUACUAUGGGCGAAAUUACGCGCAAGGGCUUCGUCGACGGAUGGGCAGCCAGGCAAGCGGACUCAAUCGACAAGCAGAAGGCCGCCGUCUCCCAACUCCGCAGCGCACUGUCAAGCCCCUCCUCUCGCAACAUCCUGAAGCGCGUCUACAAGCACACUUUUGUUAUUGCCAGACCUCCCGGCCAAAAGGCGAUCCCUCUCGAACAGGCCAUCGAAUACUGGAAGUUGCUGUACUCGCCCACGGGCCUCAACUGGAGCUCAGAGGCGACGCCGUGGCUCGACUGGUGGCUCGAGUUCCUGGAGAGCAAGUGGAAGCGGACGGUCAACAAGGACAUGUGGGACCAGCUGUUCAACUUUGCAGAGAAGAGCCUCGAGGACGAGACGCUGUCGUUCUGGAGCGAAGACGGCGCAUGGCCUGGCGUCAUUGAUGAGUUCGUCGACUGGGCCCGCACGGAAAAAGGCAGGGGAGCAAAGCAGGAGGAUGACGAGGAGAUGGAGGAGUAA